AACGUUACACAACUAUGUCCGGAACACGGGACAACUAUGAUGCAGCAGAUUGUGUGCAACUUGAGCCAAUAUAUCCCCGGUAUGCCAAACGAUGCAAGGGUCGCGCUGCAGAGGCAAUCGAAACAUUGGACAGGGUGGGAGAUAACGGAGAAACCGAUCACUGACUCCGAUGGCAAAGUGGUUGGCUCCAUCUGGUAUCGCGGUUUAAAAGCCGCAGUUCUGGAAAAUUUAGAAUGUGUGGAAACUAGCAACGUGGCAUUAGACAUCUUCUUCGACGAAGCGCCGUUGCCCCAGCCCCUACAACCAAAAUUAACGUCCUGGGUUGCUCUAGGACGUUUGAACGAAGGAACCAAACUGGGCUAUCCUUUCCCCAUCACCGUGUUUUGCGGUGAAGGUAAGCCCCCCGUAGAAGAAUUCCUCGGCCCUUUGUGCGACGAAGCAAGCGAGUUUGUUGGCAGGCGAGAACAACCACGCGAAUUGGUGGUUGACGAUAGUAAAUCCGUGAUGAUCGGAGCACGAAUCGUGAUAACCGACGCCACGGCACGAUCUUUCGUAAAAGGAACAGUAUUACAAACCGCGAAUAACGGCUGUACACAGUGCACCAUAAUAGGAAAGCGCAUCGCAAGUACAACUGCAACCUUCGUCAGCCACUCCACAUUUCUCCCACGGACGCAUGAAGAGUUCGUGACGGGAAAGUACGACCAAGUGGAGAGAAAACAUCGGCUGAGGGCUACUCCUUUGGAGAAGUUCCCCAUAGACAUCGUGAAAGAUGUUACAGUGGGCGAUGAUCGCCAUUUGUUGCACAUGGGAGUAAUGCGUACAUUGCUUAGUGCUUUCGUGAGUAAUGAUGGCAUUACGGUAGAGGAGUCAAAAUACGUCACAUUAGUGCAAAAUGUACUAGUCAAAGUACAAUUUCCUAAAGAAAGGUGCGGCACGGUUCGGUACUUCGCAAGCAACACUAUGUUAUGGACGGCUGAAGAGUGGAGGUAUUUGUUCGAUGUUGUGUCGAUCGUGCUGUUCAACCAUGUCGGCCAACCGAAACUCUUCGAAGCCUUCAGUCAGUUGCAUACGGCCAUUGCCAUAUGCAACCAUGCAAGGUUUAGUAGGUAUAGAAAUGUUGCAGGCGAUUUAAUACGUGACUACUUAAAAAUCCACUCAGAGUUGUUCGGCAACGUGACCGCCUAUUUUCAUAGUCUGCUUCAUUUAGUAGCUGAAGUAGAAAGGUUUGGACCUUUACCGGGGCAAUCAAGCUACAGUUUCGAGGCUGAUAUGAGUAUUCUCCGAAAGACCGUCGACAUCACAAAACAACAUUCGCCAACGCAUCAGGCUGCAACGGCUCUGCUCAUGCGCGAAAGAGGACGACGAAGCAGUACUGCCACAAAUUUUCCAUACCUGACGAAAAGAGGAGUGCACAUUAGAAAGAAUUUUUAUCUAAACAAUCUGUCUAAUGAUACAGAUGGAUGGUUUAUGGUAGCGGGUUCGGGCACUUUAAGCCGUGGAAUUGUAGUGAAAUUUGUUUCAGCUACAAUAAAUCCGUUUGUUGUUUACGGGCGACCCCUGGCAAAACAACAAACGCUUACCAGGAAUCCUUUCAAGAAACCUAUUGGCUUGGAUGUGUUCGCCACAACUAACAAAAAGAAACUGCAGGAAAAAACAGAAUAUAAGUUGGAGGAUAUAAUUUUCCUCUGCUCCGCGGACAAACACGUCCUCUGA